AUAUGAAACUAUACCAAACGAGUAGCAAUUUGUAAUUCGAAUGUAGGUACGGUGUCUAAAUUCCUCAACGAAAGACUUACAACAAUCAAACCCCAAAACCCAAACCACCGUUAAUGGCGUCUCGCGCAGUUUUCCUCAUCCUCAGGCGGAGAUGCAGGGAAAUCAGUUCAUUGGAAGAAAAUUCUGGGUCGGUUUCGGUUCCUUUCUUCAGCAAUGGAGGAUUUUGUAGACAAUUAUCUUCGGGAGCUUCCAGUGCUGAUAUCGUCGCUGAUUAUGUGGAGAAAGAUGACCUUAAAAGUAGAAUCUUUAGGCUCAGGCAACCCAAGCGAAGUGUUGCAAACGUUCUUCAAAAGUGGAUUAACGAAGGAAACCAUAUUGAUAUCUCAGAACUUCGCCAGAUUUCUAAGGAUCUCAGGAAAUUUCAGCGUUACAAGCAUGCCCUCGAGAUAUCAGAAUGGAUGCUUACUCAUGAUAAGCUUGAAGUAUCAGUUUCUGACUAUGCUAUCCGCAUCAACUUAAUGACAAAAGUGUUCGGUAUUGAUGCUGCUGAGCGCUACUUUGAAGGUCUUCCCCUCACCUCAAAAACUAGUGAAACAUAUACUGCUCUCCUCCAUUCUUAUGCUGGAGCAAAGUUGACUGAGAAGGCUGAGAGUCUUUAUGAGAGAAUGAAGGAUUCAGACUUGUCCCUUACCGCCCUUACAUACAAUGAGAUGAUGACGAUGUACAUUUCAGUUGGACAAGUGGAGAAGGUCUCUUUAGUCGUUGAAGAACUGAAACGAAAGAAGGUCACACCUGAUAUCUUCACUUACAAUCUAUGGAUAAGUUCGUGUGCUGCAACUAUGAAUGUUGAUGAAGUUAAACGGAUUUUAGAUGAAAUGAGAUCCGAUCUGGGCUGUGAUGAAAGUUGGCAGAGAUACAUAAAUCUUGCUAAAAUAUAUAUUUCUACAGGUCAUUUUACAAACGGGGAAUCUAAUUCUUUGGUUUCAGCUGAGAAAGGUAUUACACAAAGGGAGUGGAUAACAUAUGAUUUUCUCAUAAUUUUACAUGCUGGUCUAGGGAACGGAGACAGAAUUGAUCAAAUAUGGAAAUCUUUGAGAAUGACGAAGCAGAAGAUGACAAGAAGAAACUAUAUUUGUAUUCUUUCUUCAUAUUUGAUGCUUGGUAAUUUAAAGGAAGUGGGCGAAGUUAUUGACCAAUGGAAGCAAUCAACUUCUACAGCUUUCGAUAUUGCUGCCUGUGGUAGGGUUUUGAAUGCAUUUACAGAUUUUGGGUUGACUGAGAAAGCCAAAGAAUUUCACUUGCUUCUGAUUUACAAAAAGUUUGACACUUCAGAUAUCCAAAACAGCACAACAAAUUAGUUUAGUCUAAUUUUAUAGAAUUACUACAUGUGACAUUUUUGGUGGUUGAACAGAAAGAAGAGCAAGGAGAGGAUCAGCCGACCGAAAGUCAUUUAGCGUUGGAUCAAAUUCAGUAAUAAGCAUUUUCUUUAUCAGUUAUGCGUUUCAUUUUUUCUUCUUUCUCACAUCUAUAAAUAAAGAAACAAAGUUGCACACAGGUUAUAUGCUCUUCAUAUUAUAUUUCUUUCGAAGGCUUGUUUAUAGAGAUGGGUUGUUUACUCUACUAACAAAAGUUGAUGUUCCCACUUAAUUAGUGUUACUUAUUCA